AUGGGCAAUUAUCACGGGGAUGGCCGACCGCAAAACGAUUCCUCGAGCUUCACGGUCGCAGCUAAGUCCGGGGCGCGAAAGAAGAUCCGACCCACAUAUUCGUGCUUGAAUUGUCAUAAACGCAAAGUCAAGUGCGACAGGGUGAAGCCAUGCGGGGCAUGCUGUCUUCGAGGCACUCCGUCGGAAUGCGAAUAUGGCACUAGCAAGAAGGACCGACAUUACAUUCAACAAUCUACACUCAUCGAAAACCUCACGCGAACCUGUGACAGCCUUCGGCGCCAGCUGGAUGAAGCCCGCCGUCUUGCGAAUCUACCCCCAAUAAAAUAUGAAGAGAGUGGCGGCAGCAUACAUAGCAUCCGAUCCGACGGGGAUGACGAGGAAUUGGAGUACGCGGAUGCGCCGGACCUGGCGGAAAGUCCCCCAGAUCACUGCUCGGAGACUCGAGUCUUAGACAAAGAUGGUGAUUCUGGGUCGCAAUCAGCCUCAUCUGCUACGGCCUCGUCUUUAACGCACCCCAAGCACCUUCUCACAGAUCCAGCUUUAGCCAACGCGGUGAUGGAGCUCUUCGUCGAACGCUUGAUCGGCAAUUUUAGCCCCAAAGAUCACGCGAAGUAUGGUGGGACUAUUGCGUUGCGAGAGGCCUCGGAAAUGCGAAUGUUAUCGCCCAUUAUAUGCAAUGCGUUUGAAGCGGCGUCGCUCACCUUUGCCGGUCGCAGGGAUCGAAAUCUAUCGGUCGAAGUUGCUGGGCACUCGCGGUAUGUUCGGGUACUGCGCCAGUUGCAGAAUGCCUUAUAUGAUCCAAAGCAGAGCAUCUCUACCGAAGUACUGGUUGCUAUUCUGCUCGCUACCAUCGUAGAGGCUUUUAAACAAAGCUCCAGUGAUUCAAUAUUCAGACACCAGCUUGGAGGCCUCGAGCUUCUUCGCACGCGAACUCCCUAUCGGCAUCGCUAUGGAAUCGAACGGUCGCUCUUCGUCGAUUUGCGACUCUACUGGGUUACCGCCGCCCUGGUGCAUCGAAAGCCAACUUUCAUGGCAUCUAAAGAAUGGCUGAGCGUCCCAUGGCCGGGUGAUGUCGCGCCAAAAGAUAUCCUACAUCGGCUCUUGGAUAUAGCUGUCGAUAUUCCCGGAUAUCUUCAUCGAAUUGACGAGUUCAUGAACCGGUUACAAGAAGGAACAACGGCCCCGAGUCAGCUGGUGGCGAUGCAAUCUUCGAUAUGGGAACAGGCUGGCGAGCUCCAGACUCGUUUGAAUGCAUGGAAGACGAUGUGUGCGGACACUUAUCCACUUGGAGCACCCAGCGAGGAACUAGAUGAUGAGACCGCGGACGGUUUCCCAGUAUUUAGGUGCCGCAAUCCCAGCACGAUGCAUACCACGACGGCCAAAAUCCUACAGUACCCCGAUAUCCUGCUUGCUACUUCGAUGUGCUUCUAUUGGGCGUUUUGCUUGAUUAUCUCUGCCACAGACAGCGGUCUAGUCAGUGUGAUUGGGCCACAGGAACGAUACCAAUUUGCCUGCAAUAUCUGUCGCAGCAUGAAGUUUUACAUCCAGAAUAUCCCGGGCUGUCUUGUAUCGCGUAUCAUGUUUGUGUUACGGACGGCACUAGAUGCGUUUGCAGAUGGCAUGAUUGAGAAGGAGUUCCUGGUCGAAGUCUUCCAAUACAUCGGCAAGAAGUUGGAAUUUCCAGUAUUCUCGAACCAGUGCACCUCAUCUGCCGUCAAGCCUGAGCACAAAUGA